GGCAGCGGCGCCCCGCGGGGCGGCAUGUCCAAGACGCUGCGGAAGAAGCGGCACUGGCUGAGCAAGGUGCAGGAGUGCGUGGUGUCCUGGGGCGGCCCGGCGGGCCCCGACCCCGACCUCCUGCGCGGCGGCGCCGAGCGCGGCGAGUUCCCGUACCUGGCGGGCCGGCUGCCGCCGGGCGGCGAAGGAGCGCCGGGGCCCGUGCUGCUCUCGGGCAAGGCGCCAGCGCCGGGCGACGUGCUGCUGGAGGUGAACGGCACCCCCGUCAGCGGCCUCACGCACCGCGACACGCUGGCCGUGGUCCGGCACUUCAGGGAGCCCGUGCGCCUCAAGACCGUGCGCCCAGGAAAAGUCAUCAACAAAGACUUACGCCACUACUUGAGCCUUCAGUUCCAGAAGGGCUCGAUAGACCAUAAACUCCAGCAAGUGAUCAGAGACAAUCUCUACUUGAGAACCAUCCCUUGCACUACAAGGGCUCCCAGAGAUGGGGAGGUCCCUGGGGUAGACUAUAAUUUCAUUCCUGUUGAUCAGUUUAAAGCACUGGAAGAAAGUGGAGCCUUGCUAGAAAGUGGAACAUAUGAUGGUAAUUUUUAUGGAACUCCAAAGCCUCCAGCAGAGCCCAGCCCCUUUCAGCCUGAUCCCGUGGAUCAAGUUCUUUUUGACAAUGAUUUUGACACUGAGUCACAGAGGAAAAGAACCACAUCUGUCAGCAAAAUGCAAAGGAUGGACAGUUCUCUCCCUGAAGAGGAGGAAGAGGAGGAAAAGGAAGCAGUUAAUGGCAGCGGAGGGAUAGAAAACAAAGACAGACAUUCAGAUUCUCCUGACUGGAUGAAACCUGUUCCCAGCUACAACCAGACAAGCAGCUCCAUGGACUUCAGAAAUUACUUGUCAAGGGAUGAAACCCUGGAACCACUGCCCAAGAACUGGGAGAUGGCCUACACUGACACUGGCAUGAUCUACUUCAUCGACCAUAACACCAAGACAACCACAUGGCUUGAUCCACGGCUCUGUAAGAAAGCCAAAGCUCCUGAAGACUGUGAAGAUGGAGAACUUCCUUAUGGAUGGGAGAAAAUAGAAGACCCUCAAUACGGAACAUAUUAUGUUGAUCAUAUUAACCAGAAAACUCAGUUUGAAAACCCAGUACUGGAAGCCAAAAGAAAAAAACAGCUAGGACAGACAGAUGUUGGCCCUUCAAAAUCAGGGUCAGAGAAGUCUGUCUUCACCAGAGACCCAUCCCAGCUGACAGGAGCACUUAUAAGGACAUCUCUGAAAAAAAGUACCAUGGGCUUUGGCUUUACAAUCAUUGGAGGGGACAGACCUGAUGAGUUCCUCCAGGUGAAGAAUGUGUUAAAAGAUGGACCUGCUGCUCAAGAUGGGAGAAUUGCACCAGGUGAUGUAAUUGUAGACAUAAAUGGAAGCUGUGUCCUUGGCCAUACCCAUGCAGAUGUUGUCCAGAUGUUCCAGCUCGUUCCUGUCAAUCAGUAUGUGAGCAUGACUCUGUGUCGUGGUUAUCCUCUUCCUGAUGACAACGAAGACUCCGUGGUAGAUAUAGUGACAGCUACACCAAUUAUCAAUGGACCACCUGUGACCAAAGGAGAUGUCUGUGUGAGCAGCCAAGAUUUAAUUGCAGGAACAGUUGUGUUGGACCAAAAUGGAAAAAUGACCCCUAUGUUGGUCAAUGGUCGUCUGAAUGGCCCUUCCCUGGAUACAGCUGAGCAGAGGAUCUCUCUGGCAUCAUCAGGAGGCUCACAGCCAGAGCUGGUCACCAUCCCUCUAGUCAAAGGUCCUAAAGGCUUUGGGUUUGCCAUUGCAGACAGUCCUACAGGACAAAAGGUGAAAAUGAUUUUAGACAGCCAGUGGUGCCAAGGCCUUCAGAAAGGGGAUGUAAUCAAGGAGAUUUGCCAUCAGAACGUGCAGAGCUUGACACAUCUGCAGGUGGUGGAAGUACUGAAGCAGUUUCCAGUAGGAGCAGAGGUGCCACUGCUUAUCUUAAGAGGAGGUCCUCCCUCCCCUACUAAAACUGCCAAAGGGAAGGACAAGCAGGACAGCUGGAGUGGUUUGGAAGCUGUUGGUGAUGCCAUGCCACAGCCAAUGCCAUUUCCACCCACUGCUGUACGACCAGGCUCUCCUAAACUGGACCCUUCAGAAGUCUACCUGAAGUCUAAGACUAUGUAUGAGGACAAACCUCCAAACACAAGAGAUUUGGAUGUUUUCCUACGAAAACAAGAGUCAGGCUUUGGUUUCCGGGUGCUUGGAGGGGAUGGACCAGAUCAGCCUAUUUACAUUGGAGCCAUCAUCCCCUUGGGAGCAGCAGAGAAAGACGGGCGGCUUCGAGCUGCAGACGAGCUGAUGUGUAUUGAUGGGGUUCCUGUCAAGGGGAAGUCACACAAACAAGUCUUGGAUUUGAUGACCAGUGCUGCACGGAAUGGUCAGGUGCUGCUCACAGUCCGUAGGAAAAUCUUCUUUGGUGGGGAAAAGCAAGGGGAGGAGGAGGAGUCUCAGCCUGUGUUGUCACAAAAUGGCUCUCCCCGUCUGAAUCGGGUCGAGUUUGCAAACCAGCUGCCCCCAGAGGUCUAUGAUGUCCGUCUGCAGAGGAAGGAGAAUGAAGGAUUUGGCUUUGUCAUCCUCACCUCUAAGAACAAACCUCCUCCUGGUGUGAUUCCUCACAAGAUUGGGCGAGUUAUAGAGGGCAGCCCAGCUGACCAGUGUGGGAGGCUGAAGGUGGGUGAUCGCAUCUCAGCAGUGAACGGCCAGUCCAUCAUCGAGCUCUCCCAUGACAGCAUCGUGCAGCUCAUCAAGGACGCGGGCAACGUGGUGACUCUGACUGUUGUGGCUGAGGAAGAACACCGUGGUCCUCCCUCAGGAACAAACUCUGCCAGGCAGAGCCCAGCCCCACAGCACCGGCCACUGGGACCAGCACAGACCAACUCCCCCAGCACAGACAGGGGAGCUACAGAAGGUGAAGCAGGGAAAGAUGUCUCAAGCAGUUACAGACUCUCCUGGCCUGAGCACAAGCACCCGACACAACCCGAGGCUGCAGCCCUUGGUGGACGUCACCCCCAGAAUCCUGGCUGUUUCCCAGUAGAAUUGGAAAGGGGCCCUCGAGGGUUUGGAUUCAGCCUUCGAGGAGGAAAGGAGUACAACAUGGGCUUGUUCAUCCUUCGACUUGCAGAGGAUGGGCCAGCUGUCAAAGAUGGCAGAGUACAUGUUGGUGACCAGAUUGUUGAAAUUAAUGGAGAGCCCACCCAAGGAAUCACUCACACACGAGCCAUUGAGCUGAUUCAGGCUGGAGGGAAUAAAGUUUUGCUGCUGCUGAGACCAGGGACUGGCUUGAUCCCAGAUCACAGUGAUUGGGAUAAUUACAAUCCAUCUUCAUCAAAUGUAAUAUAUGAAGAACAGUCACCAUUAUCUUCAUCUUCACAUCCUGCUUCCCCAUCUGAAGUGUGUCAUUUACCAGGAGAAGCUUUAAUGAGAGUUCAGCUGUCUGAGAAACUGGAACAAGCAAUGAACACUGUGCCUGAAAAGAUAAGCACUUUAACUGAAAACCAGUUUGAGAUGAAGCCUCAGUCUUCUCCCCAGAAAACAAAGGCAAGAUGGGAAUGUCCCUCCAGUCCCAGGCUUGAAAUCACAAAAGGGAGUUGGGAAGUAGGAACCAGAAGAGACAGAUCUGCAAGUCCAGAAAAGUUAGGGGCUGCAGAGGGACACCCUGCCACAGGAUUCCACAGCCCCAGAAAAGGGGAUUCUGGAAAAACCUAUGUCAAUCUCUCACACAAAUCUGACAGUUCCAGAAAGAGUGAGAGUAAAAUCACAGAAAUGGGGAUGAACAACAGUAACAAAAAAGAAUAUUGCAGUGGAAAUCAAGGAAGGUCUGGCAGUCCUCAAAAGCUUCUUGGUAAGCAAGGAAUUGUAGAAAUGGUAGGCAGGCUGCAAGAGUAUCCAGACAGAGCAACUGGUGGUGAUAAGGUGACUGUUGAGAAAUUGAAAGGUGGAAAUGGUAAAGCAGGAGUCACCAGGAAAGAGACAAAGCAGAAGAUGUCUGGAAAGGUGGAAGGGUGGUCUCCAGAGCAACAAUCUGUAGUAUUUGAUGAGAAUAAUGUUCCAUCCAGUGACUCUUGGAAAAACACAUCUGAAGACAAAAAAAUAAAGAAAUUGGACUCUGGAGAGCCAAGUUCCAGCAAAUUCAAAGCGUCCAGUCUUUCCAAUAUCCCACUGCUUUCCCUGGAGAAGCAAAGACCAGAGACACAGGACACUGCUGUGCUGAGCAGACAACACAGAGAGAGACACCUGGAGCGGCCUGAUGAAACCAAAGAUGAUGGAAUUUCCAAAUCUGAGAGUAGUUCUCCAGUCAAGAAAACACCAAUAACUCCUGGACCGUGGAGGGUACCAAGCACGUGUAAAGUCACCCAAACAGCAGGAGUGGCUGAAAAACGGGUUUGACUGACACUUUUUUUUUAGAACAUAUUUUAAUCAAGUUUCUAAUGGUCAUUUAAAAGCAUUGUUUCUUUUCAUGAAGUUGUCAUUUUUUUUCAGAAACUGGUUAGAGGGUGGAAAGUAUUUGAUUCGUUCUUAAAUUAUCUAAGCUGCAUGAAGGACCUUUUGGAUUGCUUAACUGAAACCCUUCCAUAAGCUGCUGUCCCCACGUCCUUUUGAAGGCGGUGUUCUGCUGCUCCCAAUGUUGCACUGCUACGGCUUCCUCAGAUAGUAUUGUGAGUUUCUGAACAAAAUUAUUUAAUGCCUAAUUGCCAAUGGGAUCAUGACUCACCUCCUGUUCCUGUGCCAAGUUACCUACUGUAUCCAGCCAACCUAACCCCUCACGUAUGUAUUCAAGUCACAGGAAAGGCAAGGUUUGGUUUGAAGUGGGUGUUUUCUCCAGAGCAUGGUGCAUGUUUACUAAAGGAAAUACACAUAUUUUUACUGGGUCAGUAAGAACACAGGUGAGUUGGUUCUCUCAAUUCUAGGGCAGCAAGUCAGCCACUGAUACUGUUCAGUUGGUGUUUUUUUCUGAAAUUUUUAUACCUAAUGCAAAAUCAUCUAGAUAAAAAUUCUACUUGCCAUAAUCAAUGUUUUGUAAUUUUGCUUUUUAUGAGCACAGCAAAAUUGCUUUAUUUUCUUGAUCGAUAAGGAUGCUUGUGACAACUGUUUGCCAACAUCUGCCUGAAAAGAGAAUAUUCUGGGAUCAGUAUCCCUGGUUCCACUGGUGGCACUGCACCAUCCCCCAUGUCCUCUGCACGAGUAGGUCCCACCUUGGGGUGGUGGUGGCUGCUGAGUCUCAUCCUUAGUUAAUUAAUGCCAGUUAGGAAUCAGAUUUUUCCCCUCUGCCCUUUCAGAUGAACCAACUGCCACUGCAGCUCCUGAAAUGAGGUUCUUGCCUGUGUGUAUUGGAAAUCUCCCAGAUGUUACUUGUAGUUUGUGAUCUAAAAGUGCUGAAUUGAGUGCUGCACAUGAGACAAUAUCUGUGGUUUGGGCUAGAAUACAUAUUUUGAAAAAGAGGCAUAUUACCACCAGAAUCUAUUGACACAUCAGUCCUACAGCUGUAAGAACAGCAGACUGCAUAAAUUUAAGGCUUUUAUUUUAUUCAUAGUUUUAAUGAUGAUUUCCUGCCAUAUCAGGCUUUUUUAAUGACUGCAAAAAAUGUGGUUAAAGGCAUCCCUUGGUCCUGUUUGCAGGAGAAAGAAGUGUAAAAGAUCAAGCUUUUCUUUUACUCAUGAUAAAAUUCAAGCUAAUACUUUGCUAUUAUGGAAGUGAAUGAGUUAAUAUCUCGUUUUGGCUUGGAAACAUUUAAUGUUUUUAAAGCUUAAUGAAGCACAGUGAAUCAGUUGAAUUAUUUACAAGUACAGAUGACUACUCAAAGAGCUUUUUAAACAAAGACUUUGAAAAUUAAAUAGGCUUUAAAGCAAAUCUGAACUGUGCUCUGCUGCUUGACAUUGGAUGAUCCGUUGAGAUUUGCUCUGUAGCAUAACACGUACAAAUACUCCCUGUUGUGGAGUAUGACUGUGAAAAUAUUUAAUACUUUGAAGUAGCCAGUGUAGAUAUUAACCAUGUAUUCUUAACAAAAGAAUCUGUUUUGAGUUGUAUGCACUUGCCCUAACCACUGCCUACAGUAACAGACAUUUAAUACAAAGAUGAAUUAGCACCACUGACAUCCUGACCCCUCCUCAGCUCCCCCUGUAUUUUUUCUAUGUUAUGUGACCUGAUUUAGUGUCUUACCUGUGUGUGAUUUCUCCUUUAUAGAACUUGUAUCUGUACUUGCUGUAUCAGAUGACUUAGCAAUGUGGCCUUGGAAUGCUAAGCAAUGUAUGGAUGUACUGGGUAUAAAUGUUUAUAUAUUGUACAGCACCUUUAUACAUACUUCUGAGGUUCUGACUAGAGAGAGACCUGUAAAUCGCUCAUUAUUUUUUAUAUAGAUAUUAAAAAGAAACUCCAGUUCUUGGCCUGUUGGUUCUGCACUGUAUAAAAUAGAUUGUUGACUUUCAAUGGUGUGAUACUUUACUUUAAACAGCUCAAUUUGUGGCCCAGGUUUUACUCACAGAUAUAGCACUCUUCUGGUAAACAAAUGCAAUUUAUUUUUGGAAUAAAAAA